UUGGAUGACAUCUGAAAAGUUUGUUGACGCCUGUGUCUUGUGUUUUUGUUGUAACAAGUGAAAAACAUGGUGCAAACGUGUUGUGUUAUCAACUGCCACAAUCGUUCACGCGAUCGCUUCGGGAAUAAAAAGGAUGGGGGGAGAUUUUUCUCAUUUCCGACGUGGAAGCAAAGCCAAGGAGCUGUGAUCUGUGAGCUAACAAAGAGACGCCGAAUGGCCUGGAUAGCAGCCGUGAGACGACCAAACAUCACUUUCAACGCCAUCACCCGACACAUGUUGGUGUGUUCACGGCAUUUUCACACUGGGAGACCUGCUAAUGAAAUGGAUGAAAGCCAUCCAGACUGGGCACCCUCAUUACAUCUCGGACACACGGAGGUGAAAGCUGCAGAUAACGAGAGACUACAGAUAACAUUGCACGAGGAGGAACUUUCUCCAACAAGAGAGGAGAACGAGCGACUACGACAACAACUGGAAGAUGUUUGCAAGACUCAGGUUGUGCUGCACGUUGAAGACAUCCAACAGCUGACUGCCCCGCCCCCUCAGCUACAAGGGGGGGGCUCCACUUUGGAGCAGGAGGAGCCACAGCCUGUUAAGGAGGAAGCGGGGGAGCCACAGACGUCUCAUAUUAAAGAAGAAGAAGAAGUGGAGCCAGAGCCCACACACAUUAAAGACGAGGAGGAGGAGGCACAGCUCCCCUGUGUUAAAAAGGAAGAGGAUGAACUCUUGAUCACUCAGGAGGGAGAGCAUCUUGUAGGAUCGAAGGAGGCUGGUUUUGUCAGGUUGCCACUGACUGGUGUCUCUGUGAAGACCGAAGACCAUGAAGACAAACCACAGCUUCAUCAUAGUCCAAGUGAGGAGAAGAGAGAGGCGGAGCCUUCAAGCAGCAGCUCAACACAACACAUGACAACAGAAGCUGAUGGAGACCACCGUGGAGGAUCACAAGCAGACAACCUCUUAGCUCCACUGUCAGAUAGUGACGACAUAACGUCACACUCUCCUGAAGACGAAGACAACGACUACAACCAGGAAUCUUUGAGCAGCGAUACAGACUGUGAAGGUGAUAUGAUGACUCACACUGACAACAAACACUCUGAAUGCUCUAAAAAGAAGACAGGUAAAAGACGUUUCAACUGCUCAGUUUGUGCUAAAAGAUUUUCUUUUAAACGUUGUUUGACUCGACACAUGAGAACACACACAGGAGAAAAACUUUUUAGUUGCUCAGACUGCGGUAAAAGCUUCACUCGAAACUCAGACUUGAAAAAACACAUGAGAAUACACACAGGAGAGAAACCUUUUACUUGCUCAGACUGUGGUAAAAGUUUCAAUCAAAGAGCGACUAUGGUACUACACAUGAGAACACACACAGGAGAAAAACCUUUUAGUUGCUCGAAGUGCAAUAAAAGUUUUACUCAAAAGAUACAAAUGUUAUCACAUAUGAAAACGCACACAGGAGAAAAACCUUUUACUUGCUCAAAAUGUUUUAAAAGUUUCACUCGAAAGGUACAUAUGGCGUCACAUAUGAGAACGCACACAGGAGAAAAACCUUUUACCUGCUCAGACUGCAGUCAGAGCUUUGGUCAAAAAGAAAGUAUGGUAAAACACAUGAGAACACACACAGGAGAAAAACCUUUUACUUGCUCAACCUGUUUUAAAAGUUUCACUCAAAGGUCACAUAUGGUAUCACACAUGCGAAGACACACAGGAGAAAAACCUUUUACUUGCUCAAAUUGUUUUAAAAGUUUCACACGAAGGGCAAUUUUGGUAACACACAUGAGAACACACACAGGAGAAAAACCUUUUACCUGCUCAGACUGCGGCCAAAGCUUCACAUACAAAGAUUGUAUGGUAAAACACAUGAGAACACACACAGGAGAAAAGCCUUUACUUGCUGAGACUGUGGUGAAAGCUUCACUUACAAAAUAAAUGUAUCACACUUGAGAACACACAGGAGAAAAACAUUUUAGUUGCUCAAAUUGUGGUGACGCAUUUCCUUGGAAGUCCUCUUUCAAUAGACACAUGCAGAGUCACUGGUCACUGAUGGGCUGUAGCAGGGGUGGCGAACUCGUGCCACGGAGGGCCGAGACACUGCAGGUUUCUUCUGUCCAUGGCACAAGUUUGACACGUGGUCUCCAGUGUCAUUCAUUCAUUCAUUCAUUCAUUUCCUAUGCUGCUUAAUCCUAAUUAGGGUCGUGGAGGUAUGCUGGAGGCUAUCUCAGCUGACUUUGGGGGAGAGGCGGGGUACACCCCGAGCUGGUCGCCAGCCAAUCGCAGGGCUGGAAAGUAGUGAUUUGAUUCCUUUUACUCACUUGAGUUACUUAUGAGUGAGUGAGGGAUGGAGGGAUGGAUGGAUGGAUGGAUGGAGUUAUUUAUGAGUCACUCAGUGGAGUGAAUCAAGUACUCGAGUCACAGAUGAUUACAUUUGAUUUUGUAGGAAUUCUAUGUAAUAAAAGGGAAUAAUUAUAUGAUUUUGUUGAUAUAAAAAUGUUUUGUUUUGCCAAAACAUUAAUGUUGGGUGUUUUUCUUCUGAUUGUGACAGAUGUGUGACAUCAUCAAAUGGCGUUUAAAGGGUUAAAGGAAUGAAGUUGAUUGGAAGAUUUUUUUUUAAGUUUUUUUUUUUUAAUCUGUUUUCAUAGAAGUAGGUAAAAGGGUAAAAAAAUAUUACUGAAGAAAACAUAAUACUACAUCAAAAUCCAUUUUAUUACUUUAACUUUAAACUGUAACUUUAGAAUAAUCCCCCGUCUCUGAACAUUUAUUCUAUGGAAAUACAUUUUUUUGUGAAUUUCUCAAAAUAAAAAAAAAAACAGUGACACCUUCUUUUAAAAAAAACAAAGGGCAUUUGAAGGGUUACAAUAAUUUUAAAAAAUAAAUAUUUGGUAUUUUUGACUAGGAGUGAAAUUGAAAGAUUUUAGAAAAAAAUUGAAAAAAAUAUGAAACUAGGUUUGAAUUAAUAAAAAAAAAAGUUUAUUAAUAGUAUUAUUAAAUAGUAAAUAACAGUAUUAUUUUUUACCAAUAUUGUACUAAUCAUUCACUACAUUGUGUGCUGGACAUUACUUUUGAACAUUUGCAUGAAAAUGAGGCAUUUGCCAGCUAACAAAGUCUACUGUGGCUCUCAUAUUUGCAAUACCAAGUCAUGGUAUCUAACGCCGUCCCGCACUUCAGGAAUGGUUCAGCACUCAGCCCAGCGCCAGUUCAGUACCUCCUUUGGAACCUUGACAGUGGAAAAGAAUAUUCCUGAAAAUCCACACCUAAUCCUAACCUUUAAAAGAACAGAUUGUACAAAAAUGUAUAGGGGACAUGUAUAGGCGAGAGGGGACAAAAACAAAAAAAAGAGAGACAAGAGACAAGGACAACAGCAGCAACAACAACAAUUGUGACAGAACAACAGAAACAUACAGAACGACAUCAGCAAAUAAAUGUCCGUGACAACUAUAAAGACGAACAAGGAUAAAGGACAAAUCAAUAUCAACAACCACAAUGACAAAGCUGUCAAUGACAAUCACACAUAAUAGCAGUCAUGAAAUGAUGAACUAUGAUAGUGAUCACAAUGACAAUACUGCAUUGAAACAGUCGCACACAAUAGCAGUCAUGAAAUGAUGAAUUAUGAUAGUGAUCACCAUGAUAAUACCGCAUUGAAACAGUCACACAUAAUAGUAGUAAUGAAAUGAUUAUCCAUGAUAGUGAAUAGAAUCAAAGUUACUGUAAUGCACAUCAUUGUAAAAA